CGUAGCAGCCAAGAUGGCAGACGGUUUGUGUACGGAAGAUGGGACUUAUAUGAAAAUACAAGAAAAUAAUAAAAGAAAAAUAAUGUUAAGUAAUAAUAUUGUAGGAAAUGUUGGUGAAACAAAAAACAAUUGUGUAACACAUGUUAUGAUAAGUGAUCAGAAGAAGAUGUGUAAUAAAAAUAAUGAUAAGAGUAGUAAUAAUAUUAGUGAGUCUAUUAUUUGUAGUGAUAAGUCAUUUUAUAUUGAUAGUGACAGUGGCCAAUUGUGUUCGAAAUUUACGAGUAACAAUGGUGGUUGUGUUCAACAAAAUGAUAAUACCACCACUACAUUAUUAAAUGCAUCGUCGCCUGUCGUAAAUGUAAUCAGUGCUAGUGCAGGACCUACAACUAUAAUAACAACAGACGGGGGCGUUGUUAUGCCGUCUCCUCCAUUAACGUGCGCCGAUUCUUCAUGCUCAUCUUCGACUGAUCCGCAUGAUGAUUGCCGAAAAAAACGAUGUGCUGAUCGUUAUGAUAGUUCCGAAUCAUCCGACAGUGGUGUGGCACAGCUAAGUUGUACGGAUUGCUCAGCAUGUAGUGGAAGCAGUACCGCAUCGAGUGAUAUAACUGAUCCAGGAUCACCAUACAGUACAUCAUCAAGUCAUGGUGAAGAUUCAACACCUGGACCACUAUCUUCAUCAGCAACCUCAACAACAAUAACAAUUUCUAGGAGUCCGACAACUCAACAGUUAAUACAAACAAGAAAAAUAACUCAACUAACGCAACAGAGUGAAUCAAAAGUAGAUAAUAAAAUGCCACCACAUGAAUCAAAUUGUCAAAGUCCACCACCGCCAGAGACGACACCAUCACCUAAGAAACAACCAUGGCCCUGGGAUGUAAAUAAAGUUCCAUCAAAGUCACAGACUAUUAAAAAUAAUAAUGAAUUGGAAAGAGUAUCGCCAUCAAAUUUAUUAAAACGUGCCACGACUGCCACCAAAAAUACGCACACCAAUACAAAACGACUGAAAACAAUCGCAGAAAAAUCUAGUAAACAAAAAACAAAUGAUAUAAAGCAAUUAAAUAUAUCCAAUAAUAAUACUCGAAAAAUAUUAGGUAAAUCAAUAGCAACGUUAUGUCCAAUACUGCCAAAACCAGCUCCAUUCCAAAACAUAUUAUGUACAAGUAUUAGCCCAACACUGCCGACAAGCAAUGCAAAUCCACCACGUACCCAUACAGCACCAUCUAGAUGUUCAGCAAAUAAUAAUAAAAAUAAUUUUAUCACCCAAAAUACAACCCUGAUAACAACCACAAAUACAAUAAAUAAUCCUAAAGUACAAUCUUUACGAGAUGGACCAAUCACAAAGAUUAUUACAAAAACCCAAACACGUGCUAAUGGUGGGGUUAUCAAUUCUUCAGAGUAUGUAUCGAAUUUACUGACAGGUACUCCUCAACAACAGGGUAAAAUAACUGAAUAUUUUAAAGCCCAAAUAAAACCACCCACAAUAAACACAAUGAAAAAGGACAUUAUGAAAAGUACUACAUCAACGUUAAAACCAAAAACUACGAAACGAAUACAAAAAAAUAAUGCUGUUAGUAAUAAUAAAAUUGAAUUAGUGAAAAAUCAAACGGCGGGUGAUUUAAAAAAAUAUUUAGGAUUGUUAUCAGGAAAUUUUAAUGGUGAAUGUGAUACACCUUCGGAAUUAUAUCGGAAAAUAGAUGUGAGGACGUUAUCAUUACAUCAGAAUCAUAUUCAAGCUGUGAAAAUGGAUACAAAAUUAAAUGGUAAAGUGAAUCCAGUUGUUUCGUUAACUCGAAAAAUUUUACCAAAACAAACUACAACACCAGCUUCGUCAUCAACAACUCAAAAGAAAACACAGCCAGAUGUUCCAAAUAAAAAUGGUAUGAAAUUAGCAACAUUACGUUUACAGGAUGUGAAAACAACAUUGCAAAAGAAAAAUGGUGUUAUUAAAUCAACAACAACUACAUUAACCACGAAUUCAACAACAAUUAUGCCAACAAUUGUUGUACCAACGAAUAUAAAUACGGCGUUACCAACAGUUGUAACACCAAAAUUAGUAUCGACAGCUUCAACAGUAUCAACAUUACAGUGUCCUCCACUUGUGAAAUUAAAUGGUAGUUUUAUUCCAAUUGUUAAAUUAAAUCCUGUACCAGUAAAAGUAAAUUCUAAUUCUAAUAAUUGUAAUUCUAAUAAUAAAGCUGUGAUUCAAUCGUCAACUGUUGUUACCGAAACAAAAGUGAAUAAUAAUUUAAAUAAUAAUAAUAAUUUACAAUGUUUACGAAUAGAAACUGGUUGUCCAACAGUUGUUAAUCCACUAUUAUUAAAACAAAAGUGUUCACCUAAUCUAAAUAAUUUAGUAUCGAUAUCUGUAUCAGAAACACAAGCAACAACAUUUAACAAUGAAACAACGGCGCACAAACAACAAUUAUUAUCAUCACCAAAAAGUAUUGUACUUGAAACAAUUCAACAAAAGAAAUCCAAAGCCUUAGAGAAUAAUAAUACGGCCAAUGAAUUGCCUUGUAAAACUGAAUUAAAUUUAAGUAAUCAUAAUAAUUCUAACGGUGUUACACCGUCGUCGCUUUUAUUAGAUAAAAAUAUUAGUUUGUUACAAGUAUCAACUACUCCUUCUUUAUUACAUAAUAAUAAUUUUCAAUUGUCGUCAUCGAUUGAAUCUCAAAAAUCUCCAAUAUUAUCACAACCAAAAACAAUACGAUUUCCACCACGUAAAAUUGAUACGGCAAGUGAGGAAAGGAGAUUGGAUGGAAAAUGUCAAUGGUCUGAAUGUCAUGCGAAGUUUGAAACAAGCGGAGCGUUAUUAGAACAUUUACAGAUUGCGCACGUAAUAUCACAAGCGGCAAAAGAAAAUUUCGUAUGUCUUUGGGUCGGCUGUAAAGUACAUGGCCGAACAUCAUGUUCACGGAGUUGGCUUGAACGACAUGUUCUUUCUCAUGCUGGAAACAAACCAUAUCGAUGUAUUGUCGACGGUUGUGGAUGUCGAUUUAAUUCUCAGACGGCACUAGAAAGGCAUGUAAAUAGCCACUUCAAUGCGGACGGUGCUCCAAAUAUAAAUAACCAAAGAAGGUCAUUAGAAAAUGGAGGUUCAAACAAAUUAACACGGAAAAAUGGAAAGAAAAUUCGUUAUAGAUUACAACCUUGGUCAGCUCGUAUGUUUGAUUAUUUUGAUGCGGGUAUAAUGGAAGGCUUACAGCAUCGAUUAAUAAAUAUGACAGAUAUUCGAACGGCUGGGAAGAUUGCUGAAACAGCAGGAAAUGUAGUCACACUACGUAGUACUGUAAUAGCAAGAAGGACAGAUCUUACUGGAAAUAAGUCAGUUCUAUUAAGAUGGCACCCAGAAAAUGUUGUACCAGAUGAAUGGUUACCUGAAUCUGAAGCGACACCAUUCAAACAUGUACCCAUUCCCGGACUCGAACCGUCAGCCAUCAAUGUGCUACACGAAGAAUUAUUUUCGUUAAAGAAAAAUUGUAGUUCAUCAACUUUACCUGACACAUCAAUCGAAGAACAACGUCCACGUAAUCGACGAAAACAAGUAACCAGUGCUGUAAAAUAUAUGAAUCGUCUUGUCACGUGAUCCGAUAUGCCGUCAUCGUCAUCGUUAGAUCAACAAACAACAGCAGAUUUUAUCAAGUUUUAAAUGUUUUCAAGCAUGUUUGUAAUAUAACGAAUAAAUUUUAAUGUAGAUGUCACCAAAACUUAUCCAUUGAUUAUUGAGAUUGGAAAUUUGAAUUAAUCUUAUGGAUAAAAAUCAUGUUAUUUUGUUGUUGUAUUUUAAUGAUUUUCAACCAACAUUUUAUUUAAACAGAAAAAAAUACGUAAAUAAAACACACAACACAG